GGUGUCACACAUGAAAACAUGAUUAGUGGUGACACACAUGACAUGAAACUCCCAUGUGGCCUUUGUGAUUGAAGUCCUCAUGAGUCACGCAACUCGGCUUGAAUAGUUUUCUCUAUUUUACACAUUAAAAGUGAGUCAAAGCGCCCUACCUCUUAUACACAGAGACGUCCAACCGCCCCCAUUCAUUUCACAGAAGCGCUGGGGGGCAAAAUUGCGCACAGGCGACGCGCGCUGAGCACGCCAUGCUCUCCAUCGGGACCGGAGCAGUAAGACGCGCUAAACGCACUGAUCCCGAACCAGUGCUGUGAUUAACUGAGUGAAACGUGCAGGCGCAAACAUGCCUGCAUUCCGCUGCCGGGGAAAGCGAAGAAAAUAACGAAACACGGCUGAUUUGUUUUUAAUAUUCCCAUAUGUUCCACAUGAGGGACGUUAAGAUUGGAGAAAGCAUUUGUGUAUUGGUAUUGCUUUUUUCCGGGCUCGUGACGUGUUCAGGUGUUUUUGGAAACCCUCUGACAGAUGAUGUGGUCACGCUGGGAACACUGAGUAAGAAUAUUCCCAGUGAUUACAGAGUACCAGUUAAUUUCAUCUCCAAAGAUGUGGGUGGAGCUUGCUGGCUACAUCUUAAUCUGUACCCAGUUGAAAGCAGUUUAAAAACAUUAGCCUUCAAGUUUGGCAACCUAUCCACCAACAGAGCAAACAUCACCCUUUUUAUUACAAUGCUGCAGGGCUUUCGCUUUACCCUGGAUAAUGAGGAGCUGGAGGUCACAAUGCAAACAUUUAAGUGUCACUACAGAAGGGUGAAAUGGCCAACAAGGCGGUACUUUGCCCAUGUGAAAGAGGUUCUUAUUGCAGCUGGGUCCACGCUCGGGGAGAUUCAUCACUGCACUCCUCCACCCUGCCGGACCCCCGCAGCCGCCCCUUUCACACCAGGCAAACACAAACAGCCGAACGGAAUUAACGGAGCGAUUCAUGGACUCCUGGCACUGCUCAUCAUCCCCAGCAUGGCGGUUCUGGUUCUCACCCUCAAAACGGUAUUCAGAAGAGGAGGUUGUUGUUCUCAAAGAAGGCCCGACAUGACACCUGGUUUACAUGAGCCCCACAACGAAGCUGCAGAAAGCAGCCAUGGGCCCCGGAGAGGAGAUGUGCAACUUCUCCCUGAGCCUCUCGACGCAGCUGCACGAGGGGGCCCUGUGUCUAGUUCCCACAGUCAGCAGGACAGGGUGUGGCUGGAUUCUUUAGACUGUGCAGACACUGAGGUUUAAUCUUAAAAAUGCACCAGAAAUCAACAAAAGUGGCGAUAUUUUUGGCAAGAUGUCCAGAUUCAUGUAGUAGACAAUGAAGGGAAUGGAACAUUUACACUCGUGCCAAAGGACAACGCUACAAAGAGACCCAUCAGACGCCUUUAUCGACACGCAGAGACUUACUCAUCAAGCCAUACCUGCUCGCCACAAAACACUGAGCAGAAGAGACAAAUCACAACUUGCGCUGGGCUUAACCAAUCAAUGGGAGUCUACUGCUCCGGGAUGUGAUCCUAAGAAACAGCCAUGGGAAGGCUUGUAUGAUGUCAUGCGGCAGGAAGUGAGGCCCUUUGAUGAGCGUGUUGAGUGGCAGAGAGGCGUCUGCUCUUGUGCCCGAGGCGGGUCGUUGCCUUUGAGGAGGGCCAGCGGUCCUACAGGCCCCUGUGCGUGGAACAAAUGGCUGUUUUGUGGCAGCUCCUCAUCGCAUGAGGAUGGUGGUUGAUGUUGCAUCAAAAACGUCUUUGGAACAGAGCGCCCGCUUGUCUAUAAAUGCGUUAGAUUUAGAGCGUGGUCUGAAAUGGGCCAAGAUUUUUGAGGUUUUUACAACUCGCUUUACGACUUUUAUCAGUAUGGAGAGGUCACCUUAAGCCUAAAAUGGUAUCUGGAGAAUUCUGACUUAGCAUUGUAUUUACAUCAAGAGUCUGUAUGUCUCAGGUACAGGGCAGGACACUUGCUGUACAGUGUGAGGUCCAAAAGUAUGACUACAUUGAAUAUCUAGUUUUCAAUGUAUAGAAUGUAUGAAUAUUCAUAUUAGUUUUUUCCAUAUAAUUAAAUAUAUUUAUUCAAAAACUACCAGAUUUGUAUUUCUAGCAAAGCAGUAGAGGUGCUAUUCUGACAUGGUCAAGUCAAUUUUUAUCAGAUAUAGAAAAAUAGAAGCAUCUUCACCAGCGACCCCAGACUUUCGGACCCCACUGCAUAUAAAGUUGUUCUCCAAUUUCUCUCUCUCUCUCUCUUUCUCUCUCUCUCUCUCUCUCUCUCUCACACACACACACACAAACAGAUUCAGACUCAAGCAAUUAGACAUCUCUGUAUCUGAGAAUAGUCUGUAAUUUAGGUCAUUGGUCCAUGCGUAUUUCCAACCACAUUUAUUUCCUCCGCUUGGCAUGUACACUGAUAAAAACACGCUCACACACUCGCAACAAGAGCGGAUUGUUUUCUCAACAAAAGGGUGAGAUCCAGAGAGCAUGAGAAAAGAGCUCGCAUGAUAAAUAUGUUACACCAAAAUGACUCAUGUGCCAUAAUUCAAUCUCUCUUAUAGUAUAAUGUAGCAUCUCUCUCCAGUUUUCCUGCAUCUGCUUUUCUUCUCGCUGUAGCUAAAUAAGAUUUAGGUCAUGACAUGACAGUGUGUUUAUUAGAUAGGCCAAGUGAGACUCAGAAUAGGAACAUCUUUAACUUUUUUUCUUAAAGAGAUAGUUUGGCCAAAAAAUGAAAAUUCUGCCAUCCUUAACUCACCCUCAAGUGAAAGUUUAGUUUCAUAAAAGUGAAGUUUAAUGAAGUGAAAACUCUUUAAUUUUUGCACAAAGAAAGUUUUACAUUCUUUUUGAAAAAACUCAAUGCAUAGGGAAAUUAGACUCAAUGUGAUGAAUAAUUAAAAUUGAGAAAAGGAUUUUGAAUGAAGUUUGUGAUAUAUCUCCAUAAAAGGGAAGGUAGGAGUCGGGAACCGGAAGACAUUUUAAACAUUUAAUAAAGUAAUAUAACAGCCGAGCAAAAUAUAAAUAUAAAUACAAAUACAAACGUAAAACAUGUUCGGGCCCGGUCCUCUCUCUUCGACGGUCCGGUCGCUCGUUCCUUUUAUAUGCUCCCUAUCUCCUACGUGAUUCGAGGCCGGUGUGCGCACAGCUGGCACUCAUUCACAAUUACUCACCGGACUGGAACCACGGUCUCGCCCGCCUACUCUACUACAAAGUUAAAACGAAGCCUGACUUCAGGUAACUUAAAGUAAAUAGCACAUACAUUCUUUAAUAGUGUUUUUAUAAUGUUGGACAAGAUUUUGUCACAUGUGCAUUUGUUGUAUUUUUAAGCAUCUUUGUAGGAUGACAGAAUGUUCAUUUUUAGAUUUGUAGUUUUUUUAAAGAUCAAGACAAUGCCUCUCUGCCUCCUCCGAAGUGUUUAUUGUUUGCUGGCUUUCUGAAUCCCAAACUGUCCUGAAAGUCCCUGUUGACUCAGUCUGAGAGCAUCAUUCUUAAAUUUGUCCAGACCGGAAUCAGGUAGUGUCAGUGACAAUCUCAAGAUCCUCUGCGUGUCAAUUUCUCUUUGUCUCUAUCAAUGCCGGCCCUGUCAACUGUUGUCGUAAAGCAUGACUGCCAACUCACGACCGCACGAGGUCGAUAAUGUCAGCCUGGAUAUCAUCAACCGCAGGGCGACCUUAACAAAGACCCCUCUUAUGUGGACAGACACGCUGCUCUUUAUAGCCCAUGAAGAGUUUCGUCCAUCAUACUUCAGUCAAAACCCACUCUUGACUCGCCGACUCAGCGUCCACACAGACACAAUCACACACUGAACCACAAUGCCUGUAGCUCUGUGUCAUUAACAUCAUCUCUUGACUCAUGGAGAUACAGACAUGAUGAUUAAUGAAACAACAUCUUUGAAAAACCCAGAACUUUUCUAAAAGAGGAAAGU